UGCAGAUAAAAAAAAAAACGCGGGAGUUGAAAUCAUACUUCGUAUAUAAUGCGUUCUUCUGACGCCGAAGAACUAAAAUUCUGGGCAUAUUAUAUUAUUUUCCUGCUCCAUUUUCAAGCUAAGUUCUAACUAUAUAUAUAUAUGGAUUCUUUUAUUUUUACUCUUUUUAAUUGCUUCAAUUUUGAUUCCUUUCCAAAUUCCAAAUAUCAAAUUUGUUGCGUUCAUCGUAAUUUGUUGAAGAUUCUAGCGAUCCAGAUUUCAACCAUAAUUGAUGGCUGGAGUGUUCGGGCAAGUUUCGGCCUCCUUGGAGACGUCACGUGAGUUUGGAAACGUUAGCAAUUCGAGUAAUUUGUUUGCUUCCAAAGGUUUUGGUGGUAAUGCCAUCAAUGCAUUUGGUGCUGCAUCGUCUCCUUUUCAGAUAUCAAGUGUGUUUGGGAGUGGUAGCAAUUUGAGUAAUCCAUUUGCUUCUAAUGCAAUGGGGACUACAAAUUUCCCAAAUAUAUCUACCCAAGGGUCAGGUUUUGGCUGUAAUGCCACCAAUGCAUUUGGAGCUGCAUCGUAUUCCUUUGGGACGUCGAGUGUGUUUGGUAGUGGUGGCAAUUCAAGUGAUUUGCUUGCUUCUAAUGCAAUGGGGACUACAAAUUUUCCUAAUAUAUCUACCCAAGGGUCAGCUUUUGGGGGUAGUACAACCAAUGUAUUUGGGGAAGCAUCUUCUUCCUUGAGGACGUCAAGUUUGUUUGGAAAUGGUAGCAAUUUGAGUAAUGUGUUCGCUCCAAAUACAACAGGGACUACAAGAUUACCGACCCAAGGGUCAAUUUUUGGGGGUAGUACAACCAAUGUAUUAGGAUCAACAUCGUCUUCUUUGGGAAUGUCAAGUUUGUUUGGAAAGGGUAGCAAUUCGAGUUAUAUGUUUGCUUCUAAUACAACAGGAAGUACUACUUCCCCAAGUUUCAUUAAUCAGGGAUCAUUUAUUGGUGGAAGUUCAACAGGUUUAUUUGGAGUGUCGUCGGCUUCUUCCCCAUCCUUGACAUUUGGACAACGACAACCAGCUGCUUUCUUUGGAUCAUCAUCAACACUUGGGACCACAAGCGUUGGAAAUUAUGGUCCAUUUGGUUCUACUACUUCAAGAGGAGCAUUUGGAGGAUGCAGAAUUAAAUCAUAUGAGCAAACUAUUAUAAAGGAUGAUUCAAAAAAUUGCAGACUAAUCUCAAUAUCAGGCAUGCCUUGUUACGCUGGUAAAAGCCAUGAAGAAUUGAGAUGGGAGAACUAUGGCCUAAAAUCUGGAGUCCAGCAGAAUUCAGUCAGUGACCAGGCACAGGGGAUUAACAAACAGCACUUGAGCAUCCCUCUUCCUUCAGUUACAAGUUCCUUGGGAAUCCUUACUCCAUCUUGUAGUGCUCCAGCGUUCUCAACAAAUAUGAAUACUCCUACUUUUCAAAUCCCAUCACCAAAUAUAUCUGCAUUUCACACCAGAACACCCAUUUUUACUGGAUCUGGAUGCGACCAAGUCACUGCCGGUGAUCCAAAUAAUCAGCCACUACAGAAUCCUCAGUUAUCAACUCAAGCUUUAAGACUUUGGCCUGAUUACUUACUAAGAACAACACCUAAACAUCUGUCAAUCCACUCACCAUCUACUGGAAAUGGAUGUGACCAAGUAGCAAGUAGUUCUGCUAUUAGCUCGAUAAAACCAUGGCCAAACAAUGGAAAUUCAGUGAUAGAUACAAUUCAAGCAUCAUCUCCCUGGACAACACCUCUUGUCUCAGCAGGGAAUAAUGGAGGUUUUUCACUCGAUGUUGGCUCGCCUCAGCCCAAUCCUCCUCAACAGUUCACAGCAACAAGCAAGGUCACGGAAAGCAUUAUAGCUGUGAAAGAUCCUUUUGGAUCUGAAACUAAAACAUUCCAGCCAGUGAUAGAUCACUCUGUCCGUUCUUCAUUUAUUCAACAUGGAAUCUCUAGCAUGCCCGUGUCUAGUAAACCUGCAAAAAUCAGAGUUCCAUCUUAUUUUACAUCAAGGCACCAUUCACUUAAGCCGUUGACUGUGAGUGUCAGGAAAUAUCAUCCUAGCAGUGAUGGUACAAAGGUGCCCUUCUUUGAUCGGGCUGCGGAAGGUCUAAAUAUAAGCAAGGGAUAUAAUUAUAUAAUUCCAAGGGAGAAUCCUAGGUCAGUGAUUGCUGCAUCCACCGAGCCAACCUUUGACAGUGCUUCCAAAAAAGAGGCAUCUUCACUGAAUCAUGCAGCUACUGUGGAGUAUGAGGAUGGCAACGAAGGUAUAAAAUGGAUUAAAGAUAAAUCAGACACUACCUAUGAUAAGAAAGCUUAUUACAAAGGUACAGGCAAUGCUAAAAAAGCCCAAAUCAGCAGUUCUGCACCCAUCUCUUGUAAAGAUGAUUUUGCUAAAACCAAUGACAAUGCAAAAGAGUUGGAGCUCUUGCUUCCAAAGCUACAACGCUCAGACUACUACACAGAGCCCAAAAUUGAGAAGUUAGCAUCAAUCGAAAGCUCUAAUCCAGGAUUUUGCUCCCAUGUAAAGGACUUUGUACUGGGCAGAGAUGGUUUUGGUUGGGUGAAGUUUUACGGGGAGACAAAUGUACGUGGACUCAAUCUUGACUCCUUAGUUCACUUCAAUUAUCGAGAGGUGAUAGUGUAUGAUGAUGAGAGUGAGAAACCUCCAGUUGGACAAGGCCUUAACAAGGCAGCUGAAGUUACUCUUCUGAAUGUUAAAUGUGUUGACAAGAUUGGAAAACAGCAUAAUAGUGGGAAAAUGGUUGAGAAAUACAUUGAGAAGUUGAAGCAGGCAGCUGAAAAACAAGGUGCCGAGUUUGUCUCCUAUGAUCCAGUGAAAGGGGAGUGGAGGUUUAGUGUGAAGCAUUUUUAGUGAGUAGAGUUUUUGUAAUGUCAGAAGAAAACAAUAGUUGAAGGUACGAAUAAAACCCCCAUGUUUUUUCUUAGUUAAGGAUGUCGAGUUCCUUAAUUGUUUGUUCAUAGGUUUAAGUAUGAUGAUUUGAUGAGAAGAAUAUUUUUUAAUGUAAAGAAUUUCAGUAUCUAGUGAUAAAUUUGUGAAUGCAUUUCAUUAGA